CAACACUUUGACGAAUGUAAUCGUUCAAGUUUCAAUAGAAAUUAUUAAUUAUGAACAAAAUGAUUCAAUAAAAUGAAAAUGGGUGCCAUAUUACCCUCUUCUCCUCUAUUAUAUGACGAUGAAAUCCCAGUCAUGAACUUUGACCCGAUGUCUUUAACGGAUGAUAUUAAAGGUUUAAUAAACAGAGGGUUCCGUAGCCAAAGCGUACAACUAACCAAAAUAAGUACACAGUUAGAGAAAAUUUAUAAUAUUUUGCAAGAAAAAAAAAUAGGCAACUUCUCCGAGAUCUGUAAUACUGGAAAUUUUACGAAAAAGUACCAAAUAGAUUUACCAUUUAAAAAUUUAGAAGAUUUCCAGAAUUUUGACAGCAAAUUGAAAACGGAUACAAAAUUUCAAGAAGACAAGUUUGAUAUAUGGACAUUAGUUGAUUCCAAAUCUUCACUUACCCACACUGUAAUGGUUCCUGCACACCAGCGCGAUGACGCGACACGCCACGCGCGAUUAUCCAAUAGGCGUAUAAUUUUUUGAGAAAAACGUACGCCCAUUGGAUAAACGCGCGUCGCGUAUCGCAAAUCGCGCUGGUCUGCCAGAGUCAUAAGGAACAUUUUAAAACGUUACACGUCAAGAAAUGUGAUAUAAAAAUAUACUGCUGUGAAAGAAACGGCAACGAAACUCACUUUCCAGCAAACGAACUUUUUUUCCUAUAUUCAAGAUAUUAUUGUUGCAGAAUAUAGAAAUAAUUCAAAAGCUUCGCCGAUUACCGUCAAAAGUUUUUGUAAAAGUGUGGGCGCAGUCAUUAAUAGUGCAAAGGACUGGAAAGGGUAUCGUUCAAUCCGAGCCAAGAAAGAAAAUGUUAUGUAAUAGAGUGUAGUAUUUUCAUUGCUCAUACCAAAGUGUUAUAUUAACGUUUUACACAUAUUUCAUUAAUAAAUAAAUAAUGUAAAUUAAAAAA